GUGUCUGUAUCGAAGCCUAUCCGCAUAUCCUGUCACGAGCCGCCAGCUGGCCAACUGACUGACGAACCGCACCAAAGGCAGAGUGGAUCGAGGAUGGGACCCUGUACGGUGCUUGUAGCGACAAAUAAUUCCUUGUGCCAGCUCCAUUAACAUGCCACCUUCUCACCUACGUGUAGCUUUAACGUUGCGGGACGUUCUUUUUACUUGUACCUUCGGCAUAGGUACCACAGUGAAAAGUGAAGGUAGGGCGCGAUGAUGGUCAUCAGCCUGUUAUCUCCUUGCCAUGGUGUCCCUUCCCAAAAGAUGGUCGCUGUCUAAGCCCAAGAGUCGUCACCGGGGUCCUCGUUAUCACCGAGGCCUCCUGAGGACUAAUUCGGAAGGAGACGAACAACAGGCUUUUAUUUUCGCCGACGGAGACGACGUCGCUUCCGAUGAAGUCGGCUCUUGGGAUGAUGCGACAGAACUCAGACUUCGUGGAGGUCAGAACGGUUCCAAAGACACCGGCGACAGAAACAAAUUUGCGGCUCGAAAGGCUCCGCCUUCGGCAGUGUUUGAGCACCGUAUUGUUGAAGGCGAAACACUGCAAGGCAUUGCACUCCGUUACGGGUGCACGGUUGGUGCCUUGCGACACUUUAACAACCUUCUUAGUGACCAGGACUUCUUUGCCCUCACUGUGAUCAAAGUCCCUGAUCGCAUCCACAUUGCAACGGGACAACUUGUUGACACAAAUGUGCCUGCCGAUGACACCAUCUCUGUGGCCAGUGAUGGUGCAGAGUCGCCGCCGGACAAAGCGAUCCGCUAUUGGAAGAACCUUGACCAUAAAGUGCAAGCAGCCUUGCAAGAGCGAGGUGCGGGAGAUGACGGCAUCCAGAUUGACGAAGUUGAGGACAGCUCCAUCGACCGUCAUGUCUCGCGUCCACAGCCCGAUUCGUCGAGUGGUGCAGACUGUGGCAUAGGAUGGUGCGGGAUAAUUGCUAUUGUUGUCAUUGUUGCAGUGCUCGUGCCAUCUUUCUAUGUUCUGUACAUACUCGUCUACCAAAAGGAAAUUCAUGAUGGAGCUGUGCAGUUGAGAAAGUGAGUGAACUGCAGCGUGGGAGUCGCCAAGGCUGCCUAGUGCAGAAAAUGCAUUUGUGAUGGUGUUCUUGCUCAAGGUGGAGUGACCUGUUGCAUACAGCUUUGCACUGUUGUUGCUGGUAGGGGUAUUCACUGCUUUUACUUUUCUGUUCUCACUCAUUCGCACAACAAGCUGCAUAUGUGGCUAUUUUACUUACCCAUUGGUAUGGAUCAUUGAUAUGAAUAAUGAGUUCGUGAGAGCUUUCUUUUUUUACACACACUGUUUAUUUAAGGCUUUUUUACAAGUAAUGUUCAUACAGUAUGUAAACAAUUGAUAAUGUCCGAAUUACAGGAUGCCAUACACAUACAUAUAUAUAUUUUUUUCUUUUUUCACACAAAGCCUUGAUGUGGUAAAGCCUCGCAAAAGUGAUGAAUGUGCCUUUUUCUUUGAUGUUGGGAAAGCAGCUUAUUGAUAAGCAGGCUUACCACAGGGUGUGCAUUCGUAGUGAGGAUUUUUGUACUUCGAAGGUUGCUGAAUGAAGCCAUUUUAAGAAACGUAGCAUGUAGGCUUUACAAGACGAAACUGCUAUGUGUAGAAUACAUAGUGUUUGCUGAAGUUUUUGAAAUGCCGUUGUUGCAUAAUCUGUACAGAGAAAGAGCUUAAAUACAUAGGAAGAGAUAGGCCUAUUUUGAAUGGUAAUAAAUAAAAGAAGGCAGUUAUUUCUUUCACCUGCUGAAGUGUGUUGUUUUGUGGAUAUCAUUUUGCAAGCUACUCAUUGUAGCAUUUGUUUGUCUUCCAUCGAAAUGCCUCCAGGGGUGCACCAGCUGUAACUGUAUAUUUUGACAAAGCUGGUUAUCUAGUUGAAACCCUUGUGCUCCGUAUAAAAACACAUCUGAGCGUUUUGUGGCGUUUCUGCCAUGUUGGAGGUGCAUUCAAGUUCGAAGGUCUGCUAUAAAGGGUCUGUUUAAGUAAAAAUGUCCAGAAAAGCUGGAACUGCUACCACUUCUCAGCAAAGUCGCUUUGAAUGAUGUGCAUUAUUCACGGUAAUAUUGUCAUAGAUGCGUGAAAGUGUAUGAAGCUUCUUUAGUGCUCUGUUCUGCCUACUGAAAUAUUCCUGGUGCAAAAUAGUACCAGAGUUCAGCGUGUUGGUCAUAUUGACAAGGAAAAGCAGCAUAACUAAUGGGACAAAGGUGAACAAGCACCUUCUGUUGAUAUAUCCUUUACUUUGUGACAUUUUUCACUGUUUUUAUUGCAGUGAUGCAAGAGUGAAAUGGCCUGCACUUGUCAUCACUGAUAGCAUAAAUUAACAGUGUGUGUGAGGAUAUCAUAUUAGGAUAUUGUUAUUUUCAAAUGGAAUUGACAGUCCUGUCAAGGCCCUGUCACAGGUAGAGUGAUUCAAUUUGCUUAGAAGCUCAUCAAUAAUUUUAAAUAACCAAUAAACAAGGUACCAAAAUGGGUAGCUGCUUCAUGUGGCGUCUACGAUGAGUAGAUGACAUCAGAUCCUACACUACCGUCACGUAAACACGCAGAACGCAUGCAAAACACGCAGUACACGUGGUGCUAACGCCGAAAAAGCGAAGCUGACAAUAUCUUCUGGUGACACGUGGAACUUUUCCAGCUCUUUUGAACUAGACUGCGGCGAUUUCAGUGAUUUUAGCGCUGAAGGAUUGCCGUUAGCUUUUGACCUGCCGUUGCGCGAGGCAGCUGUCGUGCUUACCUAAGAUCAGCGCAUUGUACUGUGACAAGACGAAAUGAAGCACCAGUUAUCACGUCUGUCAAAAUGAUGAUUGUCGGCUGUCAUCUCGUAGAAAAAGGAGCCAGCUUCGUCGUUUCUGGGAGAGGUGGCGGUGUAGGGUCUGACGUCACAAACACAGGGUGGCCAGUAAAAAGUCAUACAUUCGUGGGCGUGAGUCGAGUACGCGCAACCAAUCUUUAAAAUUGAUUUUCAAGAAAACUAAAUGACUUGCAGUGAUAGUAUUUGGCACAGAUAAUCAGAGUGCAAAAAAAUAUAUAUAUUCAAAAUUUUAUUAAAGUUAGUGGACUUUGAAAAAUUGCCGGAGUUGCCCUUUAAGGCCACUUUCAGUGAUAAAAUUCUGAACGCCACCUGGCCUGCGAUGGAAACACCUGCAGGCUUUUCGAGCUGUGUUCCUUGCUAUGCUGAACCGUCCGAUCCGCUUGCUCAAUUUCGCUGAUAAUGAGGCUGCUGUGUGCCCAAGAGUCCACAAUCAUGACUUUGCAUAAUGUUUGUCCUUCAAUGAUGCCACCAGUGAAUCUCCAUUUUACACACCCAUAAUAGUACUGGUGCAUGUGUGACUCAGCUGACAAUUAAUUGCGUUGGGUAUCAUUUCAUGCAACUUCAGAAAUGCAGAAAAGCAUGCUAGUUCUUGAACCUAAUUGUUCUGAACACCUUAUGUAACUAACCCCUUAACUGCCAUGGGAAAAUUUUUAAAAAUCAUGAAAAGUGUGCAUUUUUCUAAAACCUCCACUUAUGCCGCUUAAAAAAAAAAGAUAUUCCAGUAAUGCCUACAGCGCUUUUACUGUUCUUGUUCAAAAAGAUAGCAAAAUACACUAUGUAUUUGUGUGUCAAAGUUACAAGCUAGUACAACCUUUGUCAUGUACAGUUAACACGUCAUAGGCAGUUAAAGGUUAAAGAUCUAAAGGCACAACACUGUAGCAACAGGUGUAAGGGCCGAAGCCGGAGCUUUACACAUUGCAUGCUUUUGAGUAACUUGCAUUUCCACCUGUUUCCACUCUUAAGAAAAAAAAAUCACCUUGUUGAAAAAUUUGCAAUGCAGUAUUAAAGCGGUAACUGCACAUUGCUUUCCUGCUUGAGGAAGUGUAUGAAUAAUGCUUUUCAAAGUUACGUCAAAGGUUGAUUGUACACAAGCACCCCAAUUUUAUCUCUUGUUAGAACACUGGUGACAUUGUGUGCAAGAACUUUAAUUUUAUUGCUUGUAUAAUACUGGUGUGACAUGGCUUUUAAAUAUGCAGGGAAAGAUUAACUUUUUGUACAAGCAGGAAACUAGUAGAGAAAACUUGAAAUGAGAAAACUUUAGUUUGGAAGGUCAUGAUACAGUGGUUUUCAAUAAGCUAAAGGUUAUAACUAAAAGAGCAUUCAUGCAGUUAUAAAAUUCGCUGAUACAAUUACACCAAAAGCAUCUCCAUAGAUUGUUAGCACAGAAGACCACCACCUUAUGUAGAAAUGGGAAAGUAGCAGUAUUCAACUUUUAAGAAGAAGCUUUAGCUCGGGCCCAACUCCAACGCGGCCUAUUAACAUACAUGUAAAAUGCAGAAACGCAUUUCUGAGAACACCUGGACCGAUUUUAAUGAAAUUUGUUGCAUUUGAGAGAAAAAGUUAAAUUCUAGUGACUGUUAAAAGCGGAAUUGUGAUUUAGGACCUGAAAAUUUUAAAAAGAAUUUUCAAGAAUUCAAAAGUUCGAAAAAAAUAGAAGUACAAAGUUUACAAAUUAAUAGCU